GCCGAGGAGCAAGGCAAGGUAAGGUAAUCGACAAGUCACCUCACUCACUGACUGUACCUCUUUGAAACCACCUUCUACCUUCUGACUUGUUCAACCUCCAACCAACUCGACCUCUUUGUCUUUUUUUGCUCUCUUUCCGAUCGCCUUUCUCGCUCAAGUCAACCUCACGUCUCUUUAUCACCUUAAUCUAUCACUUUACUGCUCGGCGUGUCUUUGUUGCGUCAUUCUACUGAUACUGCUGCCAUCUCCUCCCCAAACGCCGUCAUCUUCCCUCCCUCCGCUGCCGUUCUCGACUCGGCCAACCGCUCGUCACACACACAUACAGUACCCCUCGUUUCAUCUUGGGUUGCUUGUUCGUCUCUGUCUAGAUACUCUAAGCAACCUCAACAUCGCACAUACAAUGUCGUCCUCUAUCGCCAUUCCCGCUGGCCCCUCGGCUACCCGUCCAUUCCAUAAGGGCACCGGCUCUUCUCCAAACAGCCCGUUUGGCACUCCUUCGUCUUCUCCUCCGUCGGCCGGAAAGGACAAGGCCCUGCACAACCGCCGUCCAAGCCUCCUGAGCUCUUCACUCUCCAAGCAAGAAUGCACCGUCAUUAAUGUCGGCGAUCCGGAAGGCACUCCCCGGCUGAUCUCCUACCUCUCCUCCAGCCAGGGUUUCGCCUGGAAUCCCGAAAUCUUUCUCCCAUCUUAUAUCGACUGCGACUAUGUUCCCCUCGAGAACCGCCGGGACCCGGUCCACGAGAUCAUUCUGACCGACGACGAGUCCAAGAACUUGCUACCUCACUAAACCGCCCGACAUUAUAUCGUCGCAGGCCAGGCCAUGAUAGACAUUUCCUUCUCACGAGAUUCCUGAUUCAAUGACAGGCCUGCUAUUAUUCAAAUAUUGAUUUAACGGCGUUACGAUUCCCGCGGCUAUUUUCUUUUCUUUUCUUUUCUUUACUUUACCUUGCUUGCCUUUCCUCUCAGUCAGGCAAGACAUGACACUUGUUUUAGGCCUGUCGACGCAUGGGCAUUGUUCGGUGGAGUAUGAUUUCGGGACAGGGUCCCUGGUCAAUCGGCUUGACAGCCUCACUUUUAGGUUUUGGCUUUGGCGGAGUAGACAAGACAUGGCAAGGCAUCCAUCACCUCAGCGUCCGGCACAUUCGGUAUCCAUCUUGGGAAUUGGAUUGGGGGGAGCGCCUGGAUUCGCGGGCUAAAAGGAAGAGGUUGUUUUCACUUCUUGGGGGUCUUGAGACCAAACUGUUUCAUUCUUUUUCCUCACUAAUUCUGCGGCUGGACUGUUUUGUUCUUGAGGGAUGGUGGCGUUGAGGCACGGUAGGGCGGUGUUUCUUUGUUUGUUUGUAACUCUCCUCAAUUCACAUGACUUAACUUGAUCAUCGCUCAAAUGACACCUGCGAUGUUGAUCGCGUCCCCGCUGGCGCCAAUCACCGACGGCCGAUAUGAGCCCGCCCCCUACCGAGAACCCGCCCGGACCGGAGCUGACUGUACGGGGCCGGUCGGGGGAACCUUGAUGUCAUUCAAGGCCAGCCCAAGAAGCAAGUUCCGUCUUAGGUAGACUAUUGGUGGUCGACGUCAGAUUGACAGAGACCAAGUCUCUCAUCAUUCUCGCACGGAGUAUGUUGGAUUGCAUUACGCUACGGAUCUUUGUCAAAUCGGUUUGAGGGCACGGUCACGAGUCUAUGACCAAUUACCAACAACGAUUAACUUUGUUUCCAUACCGGCCAGUUCCCGGUAUCUGACUCAACCAACAUCCAUCACCAAGAGCGCCAUGGUGCAAACAUUACCAUCACAGCACUUUCGCAUCUUGGGCAGCGAUUAUAUGUCUCAAUCGAUAAUGAGGCCUGCAAUUCCGGGUGGCCUCGUUCUACAGGGUCCACCUUUUACACCACAGUCGGUGAGAUCUCAAUAACGAUGACUGGGAACAGCUCUGGGUGUCAUGAUGAGCACAGUUUGCGAGCCUAUCAAGCACAUACGACCAUAGCUCGUAGAAAAUACGGGAUCCCGUCUGCUCUCCCAUAGUCAAGCUGCGAAGCGCUGGAUUAGUAGUUGGGUCGGUGACGACCAGCGAAUCCCCGGUGUUGUAUGUUUUUUUUUGUUGUUUUUGAUGCUUGUCCGGGACUGAUUAUUGUCUUUUUAGUAGCGGUUAGAGAGGUAGAUGCAAUGCUAUAGAGUCAACGGCAGAGUAGUAUGGGCUUAUGAAAAUUGACUCUUAAGGUGUUGUUAAAUGCCUUGCUUCUUGAAUAAUUGUUUAUGUGCCCGAUUUUGAUUCCGGUCCGAACCGUUUCACAGAGUCGGUGCCGGUGGUGGGGCUCCGGUACCGUUUCCCCGAUCCAUCCGCCGGGCCGCCUGAAAGAAUUGAGCGUCUAGUGAGGCGCACUCCCUUCCAAAAACACAGACUCCCUGUAAUGCAAGCUCAAGUAUGAUCAAUGAUCAAGUCUCAGUUUCGGGGUGCUUGCUGUAACUGCAAGGCAUCAAGAUAUUGGCGGUACCUUUCCAAUGCCUUCCCAGAUCCUAAGCUGGACGGCGCUCGUAUUAAGGACUUCCACGGAGCCAUACAUGUUAGUUCGUACCUCGUGUUUCUCGAAACUGUCUGCAAUCUUUUCACCACCCUCUUCAAAUGCCGUACACUCCCUCGUCUGCAUUAAUUCAUUGUAGUAUGAUUCCAUGAAAGCGUCAUCCUCCACUUCGACAUCUUCCCCCCCUCGCCUCUCCUGAUCCUCACGGUAGAACGGAUUGGCAGCGAACUCACUGGCGAUGUCCAUAGGUGCCAGCUCGGCUCUGGGUCAAGGCUCUUGUAGACAUUCUCGUAAUCGCAGACAAUCGCAGCCGCCGCGCACUGCCGUCUUCAUCUCAGACACCUUCAUGGCAAGAAGACCAAGCAUAUCUGGCUGCGGUUGUAGGGGCCACCAGAUGAUGUAGGGCAUCGGGACUCCUGGUGGCCAGCCUUCUUCGAAUGCGGAAGCGUCGUUGAGCAUGAUUCGACGUGCCAUUAUGGCUCGCUGAAUAUCCCACACGUAUGGGGAAGACCUAGCAUAGAUGGUGUCGUUCUUGAUCUGGUCCGCCCACCAGCGAGCAUACAUAGUGUGAUGUAUGAUACCACGGAUGACACAGUCUUGGUCUAGUUGCGUUAAUGUUCUUCCAGACUUGGCGAGCUGGGCAUAGCGUUCGAUGUUGCCGUCGUGGGCUGCCAUCUGUGUCAACAAAGUCUUUUUCACCGUCGGCAGAUCGCGAGGCAGAGGGUUAUAGAGCAGCUUCGCCUCGUUAUCGGUCAGCAUAUCAUGCCUUUCAUCUAAUUCUUGGACUUCGAGGCCGAGAUGCAUGUCCUCUUCGGUGCAUGGGAGAAGGUCGUCAUUGAAGCGGCGUGCAAUGCCUCGUAGAGCUGUCAAGCGCCAUCGCACUUAGGUGUUACCGUUGAGAUACACCGGGCAUACAUAGUCCAUCAAUUCUACCGUGCGUUUGCAGUCGUCCAUGAUGACAUAGCGAUAUUUGAAACUCAUGAUCUCGUCAUAGAUGAGUUUCCCGCCAUCUGUCUCGCUUUCUCGCCCCUCUUCAGCGAUGGACACUUCAGGCAGGAGAUCAAGCUCCUGGUAGAGGGCGUGAUAACCUGCUGCAGCACACGCACGGCCGACCUGAUAGCGCAUGUCGGGGAAUCCAGAGGCCAUUGAGCGGUAGGCAUCCUCGGUGGCCAUGUCGGGAUGCCAUAUACAGUAUGGCUGCUCCUCUGCCGUCAUCCGCUCCGGUAUGUCGUUGCUCAUGAUGCGGCGAGCGUUGCGGGCUCGAGCGACCAGAGGCAUUGAAGAGCUGAGGCGUUUGACGAGGUCACUCAUGGCCAAGUGGUAGUGCAGACGAACACCUCAGAUAAGGGCUGCACGACUAUCACGGUCUUCGAGAAGCUUCGGCACUCCAUCACCACGUAUGGCCUUUUCCUGAUCCUGUCGAAGUUCCAGGCGGUCCAUCAUUUUUUCCCUCUUAGACGGUAAGUGAUAGUGAUGAGGCAAAACUUUAGAAUUUGGGUCGUUUGUUUGUUAAUCGAUAAUGAUAUGAGAGGGCAUAAAUAUUCUUGCCAAGGAUGACAGCAAUAUCCGGCGCCCUCCUCUUCGAAGCCUUCAGCUCCAUAGAUCCACAAUAUGCCUCAAGGAGCGAGAAUAUUCAAGACUUGAACAGAUGAUACGAAAACAAACUUAGCAGAGAGCCCCCUUAAGCUUAGGCUAGACUUAUCUAAAUGAUUUUAUCGCUCAGGG